AUGGCCUCGGCAGUGCUUCGAUUAACAGCUCUCAAGGCUCGUGGGCCUUUUGGACAGCAACAGAAGAGGGGAAAGGCAACCAGGAAGAAGAGGACACAGGCCAGCGUAGCAGUCGCAGCCAAGGCCAUUGACAGCACGCUGCACAAGCAGCAGUCGGCACGGGAGAAGGCGCUGUAUAGUUGGACAGACCUGCUUCUGAGGCGCAAGCUGCUCGUCGUAUUUCUCACCCUAGCCACCGCACUGAUGAUCGCCUUCAUCGACCAGAAUGGCAUCAGCGUGUCGCUCCUUCCAUCUCCCGCGACCUCGACACACAGGACACAAUUUCUCCGCAACUUUUUCGAGCUGCAGGUGGUGCUUUUGGCCUCGCUGCUGCAGCCGCUGUGCUGCAGGCCGGCCUACGGCAGGAAUCUGCCCACCGACUACGCGUACCUGGCAAGCAGUGCGUUCUACUUUCCGUUAAACUUUGCCGACGUAACCGAUCGCAAGGAUGUUCUUGAAGCCUACAUGGCUGCCAGUCGUAUCGAUUUCAUCCUAUUGUACCGCUAG